CAUUAUUGGGUUGGCGACACUGUGAAUGACUAAUAGUAGUUGGUCUAUCAGCCAUAAUUUGUUGCUUGUUUAGUGCAAAUAUGAGUUUUUUCGGUAAAUUAUUCGGUGGCAAGAAAGAAGAUGAAGGGGCCUCGCCUGCAGAGGCAAUACAAAAACUUAGAGAUACUGAGGAAAUGCUCAUUAAAAAGCAAGACUUUCUGGAAAAGAAGAUUGAAGAAUAUACUCUAAUAGCAAAGAAAAAUGCAUCAAAAAACAAAAGAGUGGCCCUGCAAGCCCUCAAGAAAAAGAAGCGAUUAGAAAAAAAUCAGUUGCAAAUAGAUGGCACUUUAACUACUAUUGAACUUCAACGAGAAGCUCUGGAGGGAGCUAGUACGAACACCACAGUAUUGGAAUCUAUGAAAAAUGCAGCUGAAGCUCUUAAGAAAGCCCAUAAAAACUUGGACGUGGACAAUGUGCAUGACAUCAUGGAUGACAUUGCUGAGCAACAUGAUAUUGCGAACGAAAUCUCUAAUGCCAUCAGCAACCCAGUUGGAUUCUCAGAUGACUUGGACGAUGCUGAGUUGGAGAAAGAACUAGAAGAACUUGAACAAGAAGGUCUGGAGGAAGAUUUACUCAAGGUUCCUGGACCGACGGAAUUGCCAGCUGUCCCAACUGGCGCCAUUGCCAAGCCAGUCAAACCAGCUAAAAAAGUGGAGGAAGAUGACGAUAUGAAAGAACUCGAAGCUUGGGCCUCAUAAAAUGUUCAUGGUUGCUAGGUUUGUUGAAAUUUUAUAAAAAUAUGUAGGCACCCAUCUAACCCAAGAGAUUCAAAGUUAUUAAUAUAUCACUGAAGUGGAGUUGAAUAUCUUGUUUAUUGGUGGUGUAAAUAAGAACCCAACUCUUGAUUUCUCCUCCGAAGGCUUGGGAUGCUUCUCCAUAAUGUAUAUAUAUCUUUUAUUUUGUUUACAAAGGACAACUAGCAGGGUCCUCAAAAGAUUAAAACUCCAUUUGUUAGGAAUUAUAUAUUUUUAGCAUAAUUGCAGUAAUUUCAGAGUUGCCUAGAUGCAAGCUUUUGGUAAUUCAAAUUUUUCUUUAAUAAUAAAGUAUAUUUACA